GCGGCCGCGCGUCAUCAGGCGGCGGCGGUUCCUGCCGGCCUCGGCACCACCUCUGUCCCUGUCCCGGCGGCUCCGGCAACCUCGAGAAAAAAAUCAGGAGGCUGAUGCAGAAGCACCAACGUUCUUGCUGUUGAGAUGUCCUGUAUUCCAUUGUAAAUGGAACCAGCAUGUUCCAGCUCUGACGUACAGGGAGCCACAAAAACAAGGAAUAAUGAUGCUACUUCCAGAUUUUUGGUUCCUCUUUCUGACAAUAAUGAAAGCAAAGAGUCAAAAUCUAUUCAAAGAAAGAGAGUGCUUCCAUCUUGGAUGCUGGAAAGAGAUCUUCUGGUGCAGAGGGUUUCCAAGCCUGUUACGACAGGAGGUAGUAGAAAGAAAAAAGGCCAAGGAAGGAGAGAAUGUCUUACAGAGUCAUUAAAAUCAGAAGUACAUGUACAGCAGAAAAAAAGAUUACCUUCUGAAGAAACUAUAGUGGAUUUUGAAGGUGGAGAGCAAGAUCAAGGGAAAAGGAACUGCCUUCCCUUCCCUGUUCUUUUAUCUCAGGAUACAUUUGGAUUACCUCUUGAGACUACCAUGAGAGAUACGGAAGGAAGUGGCAAGACUGGAACAAGAAACCCUGGAAAUUCUCUGGAAAAAAAUGAUAGGCAGCUGCAUAGCAAAUGGUCUAAAAGAGAAGGUCAGGUCUCCAUUAAAGACAACAGAAUUGAGGAAACAGAAAACAAAGAGCACAUUGCUGGUUCUACCAGCCGACAAGCUCACUGGGGCAGGACUUCCCAAUAUCUUGGUGCUCAGGAAGGGAUUCUUGAGCCUGAUGCAAAUCUGGACUACAACACUAAGAUUUCUGAUUCAGCCAGAAGUGCAGAUGCUUCAGAAAGCUCCAAAAAGAUGCAGCAUAAGAGGACACCUUGCAAGUAUGGAAGUGGCUGUUACAGGAAGAAUCCCAUUCACUUCCAGCAGUUCAGUCAUCCUAAUGAUGAUGACUAUCACAACAUGGAGAUGGUGGCUCAGGACGAUGAUGACAGCCGGCCUGAGUGUCCGUAUGGAACAGCUUGUUAUAGGAAGAACCCCCAGCACAAACUGGAACACAAGCACAGUGCACCUCCAGGAAAAAGGGCGGUGAAGAAGGAUGGUGUCAAUGAUGGUGAAGCCAAUGAAUAUGACCUCAAUGACUGCUUUAUAGAUGACGAGGAGGAGGAGGAAGAGUGCGAACCUACUGAUGAAGACUCAGACUGGGAACCAAGUUCAGAAGAAAAGGAUAAUGAAGAUGUUGACACACUUGUGCAAAAAACAUGUAGAUUUGUUAGGCUCAAGAAAUAGCUGCUGAGAACAGCCUUAUAAAUGUCCUGUGUGGUUGUGUUAAAACAUGAUUGCACAGAGGAGAGGAAUUGGUUAGAAAAUUUUUUCCUUCAUGAUGUAGGCAGUACAGGAAGAUAAUAAUAGGGGUGAGGAGAUUCUCUUUCUUAUCCGUAUGUAUUAUUAUGAGGCUGGUGUGGUGUUUGUUUUUUCUUGUUUUAUUAAGUUGUGGACCCAGAGGAUAGAGCUCUGAAAUUUUUGUUUUUUUCUUUUUUCUCUCCUUUUUUUCCUUUUUUUUUUUUUUUUUUUUCAACACCAUUGGUAUCUUGUAUUUUGAAAUACAGUUUUAAAGGUUGUUAAAACUUCAUCUUCCUGUGCUCAAAAGAAAUACUGGUAGGAAAGCCUAAGCCAUUUUUAUUGUUGAGUUAGUGCAGUUUUAAACUUCGUUAUUCUGCCUCCAUCUUUUCCAGAUGUUGUUGAUUCUCUUGAGGUACAAUAGUUAAAUACAGGUUGUCUAAAUCACUUGAGAGCAGGAUCUCAGUGUAUUGAAGCACUUGAUUGGCUCAACAACAAGUAUUAUUUGCUCUGAUUACAACAGUACCUCUUUCCAUGUUCAUCACUGGAACAGUUUCUAGUUCUCAGCAAAGUCUUGAUGACUGUAUUUUUGCACAGUUAAACUUGUAACAUUCAGUGGGAAAAGCAUGUAACUGUGUCUCUGAUUUCUAAAGACCUUGGAAGAUCUUGCUUUCAAUGUGUUCAUCACUCCCCUGAGCUUCCUGGAAAGCAAGUUAAAAGGUUUUACUAUAUUUUAGGACAGAUGACUGGAGCCCUGUGAAUUUGGCACCUUUUUUGGUCAAAGUCCUGAAGUUCAGCUAGAGAAGCAUUCUGGUAUAGCUUCCAAGUAGGGAUCGACAUACACACCAGCUGGUUUUACAGACUUUUCAGGAGGACUUCGUGGAUGUGCCCUCUACAACUCUAAUGCCCUGGUUUUUGACUGAGCUUGUGUGUUUGUCUUGUUGUGAAGAGGCUCCCCUUACAAGAAAAACUGCCAAGGGGGAAUCAAGCCAAGUGUUGCCCGGGCCUUGCCACUGCUGCAUUGAGCUGUGUGCAGACUCAGCUCUCAGCAGCCCUCAGAUCUCCUGCUUCCGUCACACUGGGGCUGUCUUGGGCAGGGAAAUUGCCCUGUGAAGGAAGCUGCUGGCCGCAGGGGAAGCUGCCCUGAUGGCCAGGAGGCAGGAAAGCACAGAGCUGGCUUGGGCUGGACUGUGUCACAGAGGAACCGUCUCAGUCCUGCCCAGGAGGCACCUCCACAAGCAGGUGCAUGCAGCUGCCACAGGCUGGAGCGGCGCUCUUUGGAGGAAGAGGAGGAGGGGGAGCCAGCUUUAUGUUGAGGUGUUGGCAGAGGGAGAAGCCACUUUCCUCUGGGGCAUGGGACAGAUGUGCUCCAGACUAUGGAAUGCAGGAUGGGACUGUGCAGUCUCAAGUCCCAGCAGUUCAGAGAUUGGGCACUGGGGAUGGACCUUGUGAACCUCAUCUGCUGCCCGUUUCUACCUCAAAAAACCUCAUUAUACACACCCCCUUGGCACUUGCAAACUUGCAUUCUUGGAGGGUCAUCUUGGUCCUUACAGAUUCUGCUGAAAGGGGAAGCAUUCUUUUUGACAGAUUUCUCAGAUAAAAAUAAAGCACCAAUGUGGCAA